AUGUUGAAACCGCGCUGGUAUGACCAGGCAGUUGAAAAACUGGAUGAGUUUUUCGGACCGCAGUAUCAAGCUACAAUGGAGAGACGCAACCUGCGAAUGAUGAAACAAAAACCAGGUGAACGUUUUGCGGAAUAUUUGAUUCGUUUAAAACAACAGGCAUCUCAGUGUGGAUUUGACAAGUACAGUAAAGAAGUAGCCUCAACACUGCGGGACAUAUACUUAACAGAUGCAGUAGUUGAAAGAUGUUCUUCCAAUGAAGUCCGACGGAAAAUUUUGCAGAAAAAUUUGAAGUUUUCGGAAAUCGAAGACAUGGGAGUUGCGCAAGAGAGCAUAGAUAAUCAAAUAGCUGAAAUGGCAGCUGGACCAUCAUCUGAAAAAGUGUUUAAAAUCGAGCACGGCGGAAGAAAAGGAAAUCCCAGAGCGGAAUACAAGGGAUCCAGACAAGUUGAAAACAGGCGUAAUGAAAAGGCUUGUUUCAAUUGCGUACGUGUAGGACACUUUGCGGCAUCUUUCAAUUGCCCUGCUCGCGGGAAGGAAUGUAGAAAUUGUAAGAAACUUGGUCAUUUUGAACAAAUGUGCCGAAAGUUUAUGGAGAAGGGUCCGACUAAAUGUCAAAUAAGAGCAAUUGACGAAUCAUCAGAGGCAAAACAACCGAAAACUGAGGAGGAAACACAUAGUUCGAAAGUGUAUUAUGCAUUCUAUUCAGGGAAUGAGUCAAACGUAAUAUCUUGUAUGCUUGGAGGAGUUUCUCUUGAAAUGAUGGUCGAUUCAGGCGCUGAUGCCAAUUUAAUUCCUAGUGAAAUGUGGGAGAAAAUAAAAAAUCGGAACAUAGCGGUAGUUUCAUCAACGAAAGGAAGUUCGAAGAUCUUGAGGGCAUACGGAAGCAAAAAACCAUUCACAAUAUUAGGCACUUUUGUUGCGGAGGUUGCUGUAGGGGGCCAACGCAUUCAAGCGGAGUUUUUUGUGGUAGAAAAAGGACAACGUUGCUUACUGGGUGACAAGACGGCUAAGCAACUAGGUAUUUUGAAAGUCGGGCUAGACAUAAACAGAGUGCAAGUAGAUCCGUUUCCAAAAAUGAAGGGCAUAACAGCAAAAAUCAAGAUGAAUCCACAGAUCAUCCCGGUCUAUCAGCCAAUGCGACGAAUUCCGAUACCUUUGGAGGAGUCAGUAGAUCGGAAGUUAGAUGGAUUGUUAAAAAGGGAUAUAAUCGAGAUAAAGACAGGCCCGACGACAUGGGUUUCGCCAUUGGUCGUAGUGGGAAAGUCAAACGGAGAGCCUCGUUUGUGUCUUGACCUCAGAAGAGUCAAUGAAGCGGUAUUAAGGGAACAUCAUCCAAUGCCUUCGGUGGACGAUUUUUUGGCGAAAUUAGGACGCGGACAGCUGUGGAGUAAACUUGAUAUUAAGGAAGCAUUUCUUCAGAUCGAAUUAGACGAGGAUUCGCGAGACAACUUUCAUAACCCGACGAGGGUUGUACCGUUUCAAGCGGCUGCCGUUCGGUUUGGGGACUGCUCCAGAGUUAUUUCAAAAGGCGAUGGAUGA